CAAUAUGUCUCAAAACCGAAAACUGGUUGAAUUUUAUAUUAGCUAUAAACUCUCCCAGCGAAAUUAUCCACUCAAUCACGUCGGACUCAGACAAGCAUUCAACAGGACUGAUGGGGGGGAGGACGCCUCAGGUGAAGAACAGCGGGUAGCCACGCACACCAACGGAACAACAAACGGCACAAGUCCCCCGGCGUCGCCGCUACGGGGCACGGCGAGCCUUGACGCGGUAAAGGAGGCUCUUCGGGACUCGGCCAAUGAGUUUGAGCUGCGCUACUCCCACGCCUUCAGCGACCUGGACCAACAGCUGCACAUUACUCCGGCGACCGCCUACCAGAGCUUUGAGAACGUCGUAGAUGAGGUUUUCCGGGACGACAUCAACUGGGGCCGCAUCGUGGGACUCUUUGCGUUUGGCGGUGCGUUGUGCGUCGAGUGCAUGGAAAAGGAAAUGAGCCCUCUGGUCGGCAGGAUCAUCGAGUGGAUGACGGUGUACCUGGACAACCAUCUUCAGCCUUGGAUAGAGCGCCAAGGAGGAUGGGAGCGUUUCGCUGAGAUCUUCGGCCAUGAUGCAGCAGCAGAGGUCCGCCGGUCCCAGGAGAGUUUCAAGAAGUGGCUUCUGGCCGGGAUGACCUUGGUGACGGGGGUUGUGGUGGGCUCGCUCAUUGCCCAAAAGCGUCUGUGAUGGGAGGAGACUCUCACAUUCCUCAUUAUACACACACCCUUAACACGCAUAUACAAAAAUACACGCGGGAAAUUAAAUCCAAGGCCCCAUUUACUGAUGUUGACGUCCUUGCCAUCACGUGUUGGACCAAGAAUUUACCUUUGUUUUGGGAAUUUAGUGAGAAAUGAGUAGUGUUCACUCAUCCCCCUGUCACUCUUGCCACAAACCUCAGCAUAAACAGUCAUAUUACUAUUUUUUUUAAAUUUAUUUUUUAUAUAUACCCCCUUUGAUUGUUGUUGUUUUUUUUCUUAAUCUAAGUCACCUGUUUUAACCCUUUUCGAAGGCUAAAACUUGGAGGGAUUGUAAUCGUUGAACCAGCCCGACUGAAACAAAAAAAUCGCAAAUAGUCAUAAUAUAACAGUAAACCCUU